AUAGGUUUCAGAUACCCACAAAAGUCACACUCCGUCUUUUAUAUCUGUUUGUGAUGGUUUAUAAUACUGGUAAUAAAACACCUUUAACAAUGAUGAACAACUUGAUAAAUUAUCUCAUUCUUGAAGUACAAAAGUGAUUACAAUAUUUUAAUUAAUAAAAAAAGAUUCGAGUUUAAACCUUUUUCCUAUUUCGUGGUUUAACUCGGUCAACCAUGCACACCAAACAAAAUGUAAAAUAAAGUGAUUCACAUGUCUGUAUGUUACAAAUACAUUGUAAUUAUGCCUGAAGGUUGCACGAUAUUUAAAUAAUUGGGAUGAAUAAGCAGAGGGAAUAACUGAAUAACUGCAAUUCCCCUUCAUAAGGAUGUAAAAAGAAAUGAUAUAACUAUUAAAGCGAAGGAUGUGUAAAGUUGUGAUAAAACAUUGAAUGUACGCAGAAGCUAUGGAAGAAGACAAGAGUGAUAUUCAGUCAGAGAUUGAACUUGACAUCAGUUCUAAAGAAUACCAUGCGGCGAUAACUCGAAGUCACUAUGUGGACGUGGCCACUAGAACCUGUUGUCAGAACAAGGCUUGUGGAAUCGUGUUUGGGUUUCCAAGUUUCCGGCGUCCUCAUCACUGUACGAGAUGUGGGGAUGUGUUCUGUCGACCAUGUCUCCAGUAUUUUCGCCGCCUGAAUGUGAUGGCCCAGUUUGACCCGUUUGGAGUUCUUGCAAAGGUGUGCAUGUCGUGCUACGAGGAGCGGUCUGUCUGCCUACUAGGUGUAACGCGGUCAGUAACGGACUACUUUCUCGAGUAUAGGGGAAAGGACAGAGAGGAACAGCGUCAGCUAACCUGUGAUCUUGUUCUUCAAAAGGAAAAGUGUGCUACUAUUCGGAGAUUUUGGAGGGACCAACUGACAGUGGACAUAUACAAGGAGUGCCAACGGCUCAUAGACGGCUUUAGUAAGGCGGUGGGGACCUCUGACACAAUGAUGGCGCUCACGGAACUCCGGAAGAUCCUUUCAGUCCCAAGCUGGCAAAAGUCAACAUUCUGGCAGCUGGACAGUGGGGUCACAGAAUGUCGUUGCUGCGGAAAGAUACUCGGGAGUAAGAGGAAACAUAAUUGUCGUGUAUGUGGAUUGGCCCUCUGUAAACACUGCUCGGUUAAAGAGUUGCUGUUAUAUUUCCCGGACGACAAGCCAGAUCGGCCAAGACUGGCCAUUAUCAGACUCGAGGGAUGUCCGGAAGUGGAACCCCGAUAUUCGCUACUGUUGUCCUGCUGUAUGCAAUGCAAGCAGGAGAUUGCCGGGAACCAGACGGACAACCCAGACUGGUUCUUGUUACCCCCUGGUUCACUUCGGCCGGAGAGCUAUCAAUUCGAGCAGCUAAUUCUCUUUGAUGACGUAUUCCAGCGUCUGGAGCACCAGUUCCGGACGACGGAAGUUCAUGACAAUCUGGACGUUAUUGAUGGAAGUAAGAACGAACAGUCUGAGGAGAAAGAAAACGACAAUCAAGUAGCAGCACGUCAGGAUUGCCUAGAAUCCUACAGAUCUACGUAUUUCCAACUGAACGAGAUGUACAAAUCUAGCAAGUGUAUACUAUCUCAUACCAAAUCGAAGGUUAUACAGAAUGUAUUAAUGGCAAAACGAAAUUCGUUUAUUGGGAUGUCACGAAAGGCAUGCCGAAAAGCAGAAGGAUGAUAUGCAUGUGUAGAUGUAUAUACGUAAAGGAAGCUUAGCAGCGUAGAUUGCAACCACCAAUAUUUGAAUUUAUGUUAUGCUUUCCGGUGAUUUAUAGGGAUUUGUCAAUUAUAAAAAAGUAAUUCCACUGUUUCAAACAAUGAAAAAGCAUUUUUAAUAGCAUUUUUGUACUUUUCAUUGUUUUUAAAUUGUCAAUCAUCAGCGUAUAAUUUGUUUUUAUUUGUAUAUGCACAAAUGCAAACUGCAAUACGUUUUUUUACUCUUGUAUCAGUAUUGUCACAAAAGCAUGGUUUUACAAAAUAUAUUUAUAUCCAUAAUAUACUUUUUUGCUCAAUACGUUUAAUUGCAAAUUAGGUAUAUACCUGUUGUAUUCAACGAUAUGUGUGUAAAUUGUCAUGAAGUGUUAAAGGCCUAGUUUAAGGAAUGUUUUGCAUGACAAUCCCCUGCUGUGCAUCUCCUGCUAAUUGCAAUGGGCCAUUUAGGGUCCAUUUCUUUAAUAAAACCUCGAAAUUGCACAUCAGGUUACUCAGUUCAGAGAUCUGAUAAGUCAAUUAUGCAAUAUGAUUAAGAUCAAUACACAGAAGUUGUGAUUUUUUUUUGAUUUUUUUUUUUUGGGGGGGGGGGGACUUAUAGAAGGAUUAAACUAGGCCGUUAACGUUGCUACAACUGUUAAUAUUAUAAUUUGAUAUGCAAGCUAAGUUUAAUUAUGAUUGUGAUAAAGGUUGUCGUCAUUGGGUGUAUACAAUAAGGAUGGUAUUAAAUGAUUUUGAUUUUAGUUAUGUUAAUGAUGAUAUUCAGAAAAGUGAUUUUAAUAUAUUUAUAGCAGUUUUCAGAUGUAGAAUACACGAUGCAUUUUGGCAAGAAUGGUAUGGUACUUGAGAAAUGAGCACAGUAUACGAUAUUUAUAGAAUUUUAAGACUAGUCUUGAAUAUGAAAGUAAUUUUGCCCAAAAGUUUACGAAUUUUCUUUUGUAGACUUCAAAUUUAAACCAGUAGAUAUGUUAUAAAUAGUAUUGUACGAAACCAAAGAUGUUAUAAUUCAAACGAUAUUGAAGAUGAAUUUCAAGUUGUCUGUGUGAGUCCAUUAUAUAUUCCAAAAAAGCGUUUGUAUUUAAAUAGUUUUAAUUGUUGCAAUCAAAUAAUAGAAGAAAGCUUAUUAAACUAUGUCUAUUUGUAAAAGAUCCUCUCAAAAUAAAUAAGCUGGCAAAGAUGGUAUCCUCUAAAUAAAUUUCAAUAAUUACACGGUUUGUUGUUACGCAUUUUUUUGGUAUAUCUACUCGUUUGUACUAUAAUGUUAUUAAUUAGGUGAGUUCAUAUUGGCCUAGUCAUUUGUCCGAGGUUAGCUGUAUUUGCCUGACACCGAAAGGGCUAAUAAGUAUUUUAUUAAUUAACUAUUACCAUUUUCACAUUGAAGCCGUAUUUAUCCCUUAUUCAUUCAUGGUGUCUGUCGAAUUUUUAGACUUGACUCUGCUGACUUUGACAUGCAUCCUUAAAGUGAAAUUGCACAUACUUAUGAAUAAAGCAUCGUACAUUGUAAGGAAGCAUGUCUUUACGUCUUAAUUUCGUUAAUCGUUUGCCAUAACGUCAAAUGUUUCACCUUCGUCGUCCAUUUUGUCGGUGUACAAAAUCAAAAUAGUCCUAAAUUCCACCAACGGGUUAAAUACAACUGUUAUAUAAACCGUACAAAGUGGUUUUAUCAUUCAAUAGGUUCAAGUAUUCCAUGCUAGGUUAUACGAAGCACAACUUUUUCCAAAACGUUCGGAAAACGGAAAACAAAAUGGCUACCUUUAAAAAAAUCCAGCAUAUUUCUCAUAUCAGGCGAGUUUUGACAGCCAAAGAAAAUGGCCCAUUUCUCAAAUCCUAUAUAUGGCGAGUUUUGUAGCCAAUGAAAUCGGAGGAAACUUAUAUAAGCCGAUUUUUGUUUAUAUUGGCCGAGUUUGAUUGAUAUUGAGCGAGUUCUGGCAUAUAUUGUCUUCAAUUGUCUGGUAUUUGUACCGUAAUUGUCUCUGUAUCUCGACAAUUACGUAAUUGUUGAUUAAUAAUACAUUGUUUGUCACAAUGCAUACACGUUGACAUUGAUUAUUAUUAAUACAUGUGUUGUUGACGAUGUACACUGUCGGAAUAAACUUUGUGACCAUUGUCUGUCUUUAUUCAUAUAUAUAAAAACAGAAAGCACUAUGAAUGGUAAAGUUUUUUUCUUUUCAGGAUUGUUUUAUAUGAGCCUUGUAACACUACAACUUGUUUGAAUUUUACGAAAUCUG